AUGAUCCUGUCUAAUUCCACGGUGGUGAUGCCCUAUCUGACCACGCUGUGGCGGGAGCUAGUUCAACAGGGCAUCAACGCGUCCAGCCUGGCCCGCAGGGCUCCCGCCCGCGACGACAGCCAGCUGGCCGCGCUCUACAUCCUCAUGGUGCUGGGCUUCUUCGGCUUCUUCACCCUGGGCAUCAUGCUGAGCUACAUCCGCUCCAAGAAACUGGAGCACUCACACGACCCGUUCAACGUGUACAUCGAGUCGGACUCCUGGCAGGAGAAGGACAAGGCCCUCUUCCAGGCCCGGGUUCUGGAGAGCUGCAGAGCGUGUUACGUCGUCGAGAACCAGCUGGCCGUGGAGCAGCCCAACGCACACCUGCCUGGGCUGCCGCCUUCCCCGUGA